AUGAGAACUAGCAGUUCGUUAUUUGAAUUACUGGAUAAAAAGGACAGCACCAUCGAAGACGCCCUGGCUCGACUUACUCCGGACAGCGGAGGAGAAAGAGGUGAAGGAAGUGGAAUUAAACUGAACACGGAAUUAUCCCGUUCGUUACAAGUUGCUGGCAACAAAGAUUACAGAAAGACAGCGGAAUAUUACGGGAAAUCCUUAAUAAACAUGAUGAAAGACAAAAUGAAUGAAGAGAGCGAUGAAGAUCGAUUAUUUUUAUUGUCCUUAGUAGCAGCCUUCAAGAAGUUGACGGAAGAACAGAAGUUACAGGCAAAAAUUGAAUUUUUAAAAGUUAUUCAGAAGAUUACAAGCGAGCCCCGACAAAAGAUCAGUAAUUUGUAA